GGGGACGGCAUCCUACAUUUUUCCUUUCCUUCUGUUACAGCACAAGAAGCGAACACAUGUUUAUUGUUUUCCUUAGAAACAUUUUGAUACCACGAUACCCUCUUUGUGGUUGUUUUCGUACGAGAAGGCUAUGCACAGCGAAUACAGCUAGCUUUAUUGUCACUGCGUUGACAAGGAAAUCAAGUUCGAAGAUUGACUCGACUAGCUUUGGGUACUGCAUCUUAUUGGAACUUUUACGAAUGUUACUUAUCCUUUUAAAUAGUGAAAAAGAGUCAACCCGGACUGAGAUUAAUAGGAUUGACCAAGCAGAAAAGCAGUCUCCAAUGGUUGGAGUAGCAGUUGCACUAUUCCGAGUGCCCCCAGUAUCUACUAAUCGUCAUUCCGAGUGGGAAAUACUACUUGUAGAACGUGGACAAGAACCUGGCAAAGGAAUGUGGUCUUUUCCUGGAGGCAAAUUGGAGUUUGGAGAAACCUUGUCAGAGGCCUUUUUGAGGGAAGUCAAGGAGGAAACCGGUUUAAAACCCACUAUAGGACCCAUAUUUGGCGUCUUUGACUCAUUCUUCUCGAACAGAGAGGGAAAACUGGAGUACCACUUCGUUAUUAUUGACGCGAUAGGUUUUGUUCCCUCUGAUGCAAAGCCUGUUCCUGCGGAUGAUGUUCAUGAUGCACGUUGGUUUAAAGUGGAUCGUGCUUUGAAACUUGAAAAUUGUACCAAUGGUUUGACACAAGCCAUUGAAAGAGCAGUUUCUUUACUGGAACGUGGUCAAGUUCAAAUUCCCACUUUUGCCCCAUAAAUAAAGAUUUGCUAUUUCUCAUUGAGCACAAAAAUGACAACUGUGGAGGAUGAAUGUCACAACUAGCACGUCUACUUG